CAAAAAUUCUAUUGACGAAGCUCGGGAGGGGAUUUUUCGCGCUCGAAGAGGAUGAAAUUGUUUAGUCUAUAAGACAUGCCACAUGGACAUGCCACGUCAGGCGGGAUGGUCGAGCGGGAAGAAGCAGCGGUGGCGCUAGCUUUAUCCUCCAAACUAUAUACCGAAAGAAGAAGGUCGAAGCCAUACAAGCAAAAAUUAAGCGACACAAUUCUCGCUGUUUAGCUAGAGGUCUACCGGUAAACGGACCUCAUUCGAGGCACUGUGACUAACCGCAAUUUUCCGGUGAACCAGUGAGAUUAAGGUCAAUCGGAAGGGCCUGGAAACGGAAUUUGGAGACCUGCAGUCGACUUUCUCUGUUUCGUUGCGCGGAGAUCCAAUUGCAAUUGACCUGAGGUUGCAUCUUUUAGACGUUAGCAAGGUAUUUGAUGAGAUGCCUGACUGAGUCUUGGCUUCUUCACUGGCAUCCAAAAAAUGGGUCUUCAAGGAGCUACAUCCACGCCGCACCUGUUAUGGUUCUUUGGCAUAGCCACCUGCGUAAAGCUCCUCCUCAUCCCCUCUUACCACAGCACGGACUUCGAGGUCCACCGCAACUGGCUUGCUCUCACUCAUUCCCUCCCUCUCUCGCAGUGGUACUCUGACGAGACCAGCCCCUGGACUCUUGACUACCCUCCGUUCUUCGCUUACUUUGAGUUCUUCCUCUCCAUUUUCGCCAACCUUAUCGACCCCCAAAUCGUUCACCUAAAAAAGGGCCUCAACUACAGCUCCAACACGGUGGUUUCGUUCCAGAGAAUCACUGUAAUCUUGUCUGAUUUGUGUAUGUUGUAUGGGGUUUAUAGAUUGACUAAGGAUUUGGAUUCAAAGAGGAGAACUUUGAUCUGGGUAUUGGUCGUUUGGUCCCCAAUGCUUAUGAUUGUGGACCAUGUCCAUUUCCAGUACAAUGGAUUUCUGUUGGGGUUCUUGUUCAUAUCGCUUUCAUAUUUGGAGGAAGGGAGGGACUUGAUGGGUGGGCUUUUCUUCGCGGUUUUGUUGUGCUUCAAGCACUUGUUCGCAGUGGCAGCGCCAGUUUAUUUUGUCUACUUGUUGCGGCAUUAUUGUUGCGGUGGAUUGGUGAGGGGCCUCCGACGGCUUUUGGCUAUGGGGGCGGUGGUCACGGCAGUUUUUGCGGUGGCCUAUGCACCAUUUGUCUAUCAUGGGCAGAUACAACAAGUCCUUCGCCGCAUGUUUCCCUUUGGCAGAGGGCUUUGCCAUGCAUACUGGGCCCCAAAUUUUUGGGUGUUUUAUAUUAUUUUAGAUAAGUUACUCGCUUUUUUUCUUAGAAAGUUUGGGUUUGCCACUCCAACACCAGAAGCUUCAUUCACUGGGGGGCUAGUUGGGGACUCCUCGCCAUUUUCUAUACUACCUCAGAUAACCCCCGUGACGACCUUUAUGAUUGUCUUGCUUGCCCUAUCUCCUUGUCUUAUUAAGGCUUGGAGAGAGCCCCAGCCAGGGAUGGUUACUAGAUGGGUAGCCUAUGCAUACACUUGUGGCUUCUUGUUUGGAUGGCAUGUUCAUGAGAAGGCAUCGCUUCACUUUGUGAUUCCCCUUGCCACUAUUGCGGUGCAAAAUAUGGACAGUGCAAGGCAUUACUACUUGCUAUCCAUUGUAUCCUGCUAUUCAUUAUUUCCUCUUCUCUUUGAAGUCCGAGAAUAUCCAAUUAAAGUACUCCUUCUGCUGUUAUACUCCAUUAUAAUGUGGCUAGUAUUUUCUGCGAAAUUCACUGAUGGUGAAGAAGCUAAAGCAACCGCACCCAUAAAGAAAGAAGCUGGUCACGUGGCUGCCAAGAAAGGAGGCUUUCUUAUCAGGGGUAUUGAGAAGAGUUAUCUGGUUGGUCUUUUGGUAGUUGAGAUAUGGGGCCAGCUUUUACAUUCCAUAUUUUUUGGUGAAAGGCUUCCUUUUGUUCCCCUUAUGCUGAUCUCUAUAUAUUGUGGAUUAGGGAUCGUGUACUCUUGGAUUUGGCAGUUAAGAUGGAUCAUUAGAUCCCCGGAGUCGUAAUUUUUUAUUUUUUAUUUGGAUACAUUGGGAAGGCCGGAAGGGGGUUUGAAACUUUGAACCCAUGAUCUCUAUUUUGGAGAUGCGGGUCUUGUGCCAUCAGGACACAUGCUGUUGGCCACAGUCAUAAUUUCUUGUUUAUGUUGGAUACAUGUAAGAUGACAUGCAAAAUUGGAUUUUUUUUUUUUUUUCUUUA